GGCUCUGACUGGUGACCUGGAGUGGCAGGGAUGGUGCCAUGAGGUCCCUGGACGUGUUCACCAUGGGGGAGCUGGUUGCAGUCCUGAUCCUGGUGCUGCAGCUCAUCCUGGUCGCUGUCGUGCUGCGGGACAAGCGUCUCUGGAGGAUCCGGCGGAACUGGAGGAGUCCAAGGGCAGCGAGGGUGAAGCCGGAGGAGCAGAGCAGCGUGGACAGGGCGCAGGAACCGGCAGACACGUCCCCUGGCAGCUCCCGACAAAGCUCCAUGUGCUACACGAAGCAUUUCCCAAGGUUCAUCCGGAACUCCCAGGACACCUGGGCGCUGUUCGAGGAGCAGUGCAGGGAGCUGGAGGCACAGCUGGCCCAGUGGCAAUGGGAACAGGGGCCCUUCCCGGUGGUCCAGACCGAGCUGCCGGGACUGCUGAGGGUCAGAAAGCCUGGCCGGCGCCUCGGAGUGAAGCUGCCGCGGCUGGACAUGGGCAAGGGGGCGGAAGAGGACACACGUGAGGACACGGGACAGCACAGCAGCAGCUCCAUGGCCACGGCCUGGUCCCUCCCCAGGGAGGGGAGGAUCUUUAGCCCCACGGGGCUGGAGCGCAGCAGCCGGGGCAGGACCCGCCCGGCCCGGCCCAGCCCCUGGCGGUGGGGGCUGGGGGUCCGGCAGCCUGGCAGGGGCCCGGGCCGUGGGCUCUUGCAGCGCUACCUGAGGCAGAGCUCGCUGGGGCGCUCCCUGAUGCACCUCUGGGCUCGGCACAUGGAGCGCCGGCGCCAGCGCCGCGUCCGCUUCGCCACCCCCCUGGUGACAGUGCAGUACAUCGAGUAGCACCGGGACACC